GGGGCUUUUCUUCCGUCACGACACACACACACUUACACCCGCAGAGCUUCCAAGCAUUGUCGGAUUGGUUUUAGGGAUCCGCGUUUUCUCGCGCAGGCCUCCCGUGAUCUAGAGUCGCGAUUCGCAAGGCGCGGAUUUUCUCCUCCCCGGCGCCCUAGCGGAUGCAGCGGAUUGGAGAGGAGGGGUGGGGGAUGCGCGGCGCCAGCGCCGGCGGCUUAGAUCACUCCAGCUCUAGCUCGACGUGAAGAGCCAAGAGAAUCCAUUUCCAGAGGAAGGAAGAAACAAGAGGCAAUGGACGAAGAAUCGUCAAAGCAGUUCUCGUUGGAUUUGAGCUUGAGAACAGGCGACUCGGACGGAGCAAUGGCAUCGACAGUAACAGUGUUUAGGAGGAGCAGCAGCAGCGACGAGCAACAGCAGCAACUACAGCACUUCCACCACCAUCAACAACAACAGCAGCAGCAGCAGCAGCAGCAGAGCUCGAGUAACUUCCUUUCGGUCGAUCGAUCGUCCGUGGGGUACAACAUGUUCCAGCAGCAGCAAAGCUUGAUGGAGGAAGACAGUCCCCUUGACGAAGAUCACAGCGACGAGAUAGUCGGGGACAACGAGCUCAAGGCGAGCGAGUGGGUCUCUCCAAGCUCUAGCUCGGAUCGAGGGGGCGGAGGAGGAACAGCGACGCCUCCUCCGUCGACCACCACCAUGCUCGAUGGCGCCGGCAGCGGCGUGCAGGGGUCGGAGCCCAGGCAAUUCGCCUGCACUUACUGCCAGCGGAAGUUCCCGAGCUCGCAAGCUCUCGGCGGCCACCAGAACGCGCACAAGCGGGAGCGCACCGCGGCACGGAGGAUCCAGCGGUGUGGCACGGCGGCGGCGGCGGCGGCGGCGGCGGCAGCAGCGGCGGCGGCGUCGAGCACCAUAACCAGCAGGUUCACGGGCCUCGGCCAGCCAAACUUUGGAGCUUUGCACCAUCACCACUUUGGUCACGGAGGAGGAGGAGGAGGAGGACUCCCGCAGGGACACCAUGGCUGGUCCAAGCCUUUCAUCUCGACGCAGCCGGGGGUGGGGAAGUGCGUUGCACCCGAGAUGAUUGGAAAGUUUGGACGAGGCGUGGGUGCCAAGUUCAACGAUAUGUCCGGGGGUGGCGGUGCCGCUGGUUUCGGAUUCGAUGAUGCGAUGAGCAGCAGCAAGAGAUGGCCGGGGAGUUUUCACUUCCUUCCCAGCAGCACCGCAGACCAAGUUCUUCACGCGGCCGCUACUGCCGCCGCCGCCAGCAAUUCGGGAAACAGUUUUUUCAUGCGGAUCACACAGCCAGAGACGAUAGAGAUGGUCAGUGUGAAAAAUCGGUAUCCGUCCCCGCUGUAA